CGCGGUGGAGCCGGUGUCUUCACGGUCUGGAAGCUACUGUUGUCUGCUUGGCUCGUGUCUCGCGGCUCGCGGCUCUCGGCUCGUGAGAGGGAGGCCCCUGACGGGGUAAUGGAUUUUGAGAAUCUUUUCUCCAAACCUCCCAACCCGGCCCUCGGCAAAAAGCCGGCCACGGACUCUGACGAAAGAAUCGAUGAUGAAAUAGAUGAUACAGAAGUUGAAGAAACACAUGAAGAGAAAAUAAAACUGGAGUGUGAGCAAAGCCCCCCAAAAUGUAGGCACUUUGGAAACUCUAUGAUAUCACAAAAGAGUUUGCAACAUAGAAAAUCAAGAAGUAAGGACUACGAUGCGUAUAGUGAUGACAAUGAUGUCUGCAGUCAGGGAUCAGAAGAUAAUUUUGCUGAAGAGCUUAAACGAUAUAUACAAGCUAAAGAAAUGGCAAAUACUGCUCAACCUUCACUGUUUCCUGUAGAAUCCGUGAUGAAAGAGAGGGCAAAAGGUACCCAGCAAACUGUUAAACAAAAAAAUAAAAAUUUUAAAGCAGGCCACAAGAAUGGUAAACAGAAGAAAAUGAAGCGAAAAUGGGCUGGCACUGGAAACAAAGAAUCAAGUGCUUUGCUGAGAAAAAAUGGCUCACAGGAAGAGGAUGGUAAACCUAAAGAGAAGCAGCAGUGUGUGAAAAUGAGUCAGGGAUUCAUCAACCAGCAUACAGUGGAACGAAAAGGAAAACAAAUUUGUAAAUAUUUUCUUGAGCGGAAAUGUAUUAAGGGAGACCAGUGUAAAUUUGAUCAUGAUGCAGAACUAGAGAAGAAAAAGGAAAUGUGUAAAUUUUAUGUACAGGGAUAUUGUAACAGAGGCGAAAACUGUCUGUAUUUGCAUAGUGAAUAUCCAUGCAAAUUUUACCAUACAGGAACAAAAUGUUAUCAGGGAGAACACUGCAAGUUUUCCCAUGCUCCACUGACUGCUGAAACACAAGAACUGCUAGCUAAAGUUUUGGACACUGAAAAGAAGUCAUCAUGUAAAUAAAAUAGACAUAAAAAGAUUAUCUCAAUGAUGGACAGGCCCCUCAUCUAUUGGCCCCAAUGAUACAGGCUUUUACUAAAGCUACCAAUCAGGUCAACAGUUGGGUCUGUCAACAUUUGAACAGAGAUGAUGAGUCAUCUCCCCACAUUGUUUCAGCUGAUCUGUCAACAAGGAAGACACCUUGUGGACCAACUGAAUGUGCAACCUGCUAUACUGAGGAGAUCAUGUGAUAAAUGAAUACAGUCAACCUGACUACUCAUAGAAAAUAUCUUUUAAAAUAUGAAAGCUGCCGGUAGCUGUGCUCCAACUUUAGAAGGAAAUUUCUGUGUGUUAAAAAUGUAAACAGCAUGGGACUAGAUGGUUUGACUCUGAGAACGAUACUUUUAAGGCUGAGUUUGACAUUACUCUGGACAUGGAGAACUUGCAGAAUAUGACCAAGUAGUCCAAUAUACAUUGAUUGACUAUACCAAGUCUGAACUAGCCUGGUUUGGCGAUGGUUAAUACCUUGUUCAGUUGUGCUGGGAAGCGGAACUUUAGUGUUGAUUGUACUGAAAUGUGUACUGUUCAUAUAAUGUGCCAUGUUGGGAGAAAUACGCUGUUUGUACAUAAAUGAAUCAAGACAUGCUAUAUAUACAUAAGAUCAGACAAAUGCAGCCCUUUGAUCUAUUUACUUGGCUUGGAUUAUGCCACAAUUUGAGAUCUCUCCAAGCAGGCCUGAUCAAUCUACUGAGGACAGUCCUACUAGUAACUCUCAUUAAAUGUUGCUUCAAAUGAUGCACAGAUAAAACAUCCACCAAAGUUAUGCACCAAACCACAGCCAUGCAGCUCAGCAUCCAAAAUGGGUGAUGGACAUACCAGGACUUGGUACUUCUUUGUUGCUUUUUCUGGCACCCCGAUGGGAGGCGAGGGGUAGAUUGUUGGGGGCAAUGGUCUGCCUCUAUGCCUCCCAUGCAGGCUGCCUAGGUAAAGACCUUGGGCCCAGAAAAUUCUCUGAUAAGAAAGCUGGAAUUGGGUCACCUUCUCUCUCCUAGUUCCUUCUCCUUAUCAGAGAAGGCUUCCCCCUAUUCUGUGCACACAGUAACUUUCUCUGUCUCUUGCACGUGUGGGCACCAUACAGCACCUGGCCAACCCCACUUCUAUAUCUGUUCCCAGCAGGGAAGGAACAGGGUCUCUUGUACUACAACACAAGAGAGAAAGCAUGCCAGAUUGUAAGAGCUGGCCUGGGGGGGUGGACUGAAGCGGGGGAAAGCUUUGUGAGGCUGAACAUGAGCACCCUCAUGCAGUUUGCCAGUUCACUACAGUUUGCAUUCUUAUGUAAGCCCCUGGCACGGAACCACUAUUGUCCACCACCACUAUAAAAAGCUCUGCCCUGGGUUCUGGACAGAGCUGG